AUGGCGAAGUCGGUUUGUUUGCUGGUGCCUCUGGCAUUGCUGGUGGGCUUGGUCCUGGGCCCUGGAGCCGGGGGAGCAGCUUUGGAGUUUGGGGGCACGCCGGGGCAGUGGGCUCGCUACGCCCGGUGGGAUGCCAGUUCCUCUGGGGAGCUGAGCUUCAGCAUCAAGACCAACGUGUCUCGCGCUCUGGUCUUGUACCUAGACGACGGGGGCAACUGUGACUUCCUGGAACUCUUGAUCUUGGAGGGCCGUUUCCGUUUGCGCUUCACUAUCUCCUGCGCGGAGCCGGCUAGCCUGCACUUGGAGACCCCCAUCAACGACGACCGCUGGCACAUGGUGCUCUUGACCCGCAACUACCGGGAGACCAUGCUGGUGGUGGACGGCGAAGCCCGGGUGGCCGAAGUCAAGUCGAAGCGGCGGGACAUGGCGGUGGAUAGCGAUCUCUUUGUGGGCGGCAUCCCGCCAGACGUCCGCUUGUCGGCUCUGACGCUCAGCACGGUCAAGUAUGAGAUGCCCUUUCGCGGGAUGGUGGCCAAUCUCAAAGUGGGAGACAUGCCCCCCGCCCUCCUGGGUAGCCAGGGCAUCCGCAGCGACAUGGAAUACCUGUGUGCCAAGCAGAAUCCCUGCGUCAACGGUGGGAUUUGUACUGUGGUCAACAGCGAAGUGCAGUGUGAUUGCCGCCUCACUGGCUUCCAGGGCAAGUUUUGCAGCGAAGAAGAGCUCACGAUGGAAGGUCCAGCUCAUCUGACACUAAACAGCCAAGGGUCCUUCGUGUACUCAGAAGGGGGGGCAGAGAGAACAGCCAGUGAGACUCCCCAGGCAUCAAAAGGGAAAGAAGAAUUUGUGGCAACGUUCAAAGGGAACGAGUUCUUCUGCUACGACCUUUCGCACAACCCCAUCCAAAGCAGCACCGACGAGAUCACCCUUUCCUUCCGCACCCUCCAGCGCAAUGGCCUGAUGCUCCACACCGGGAAGUCGGCCGACUACGUCAACCUCUCGCUCAAGAGCGGCGCCGUCUGGCUGGUGAUCAACCUGGGCUCCGGCGCCUUCGAGGCCCUGGUGGAGCCAGUCAACGGCAAGUUCAAUGACAACAACUGGCACGACAUUCGUGUGACUAGAAACCUGCGCCAGCACGCAGGAAUUGGACACGCUAUGGUGACUAUCUCCGUGGACGGAAUCCUGACCACCACCGGAUACACCCAAGAGGACUAUACCAUGCUGGGGUCGGACGACUUCUUCUAUAUCGGAGGGAGUCCCAACACGGCGGACCUGCCCGGAUCCCCCGUCAGCAACAAUUUUAUGGGAUGCCUCAAGGAUGUGGUCUACAAGAACAAUGACUUCAAACUGGAGUUGUCACGCUUGGCCAAGGAAGGAGACCCUAAGAUGAAGAUCAACGGGGACCUGGUCUUCCGUUGCGAGAACGUCGCCGCCCUCGAUCCGGUCACCUUCGAGUCGCCCGAGGCGUACAUUUCCCUGCCCAAGUGGAACACCAAGAAGACCGGCUCCAUCUCCUUUGAUUUCCGGACCACCGAACCCAAUGGGCUUCUCCUCUUCAGCCACGGCCGACUGCAGCCGCCGAAGGAGAGCCGAUCGGAGCGCAUGCACAAGGCAGAUUAUUUCGCCAUGGAGCUUCUGGACGGCUACCUUUACCUGCUGCUGGACAUGGGCUCGGGGGGCAUCAAAAUGCGGGCCAGCACCAAGAAAGUGAACGACGGGGAGUGGUGCCACGUGGACUUCCAGCGCGAUGGGCGCAAGGGUUCCAUCUCGGUCAACAGCCGCAGCACCCCCUUCCUGGCCAGCGGCGACAGCGAGAUCUUGGACCUGGACAGCGAGAUGUACCUGGGGGGGCUUCCCGAGAACCGCCUGGACCUCAUCCUGCCCCCGGAGGUCUGGACAGCCUUCCUGAACUACGGCUACGUGGGUUGCGUGCGGGACCUCUUCAUUGAUGGCAAGAGCCGGGAUGUGCGCCGCUUGGCUGAGGUGCAGAGCGUCUCGGGGGUCUCCAGCUUCUGCUCCCGGGAGACCCUCAAGCAAUGUGGCAGCACCCCCUGCCACAACGGAGGCCUGUGCCGGGAGGGCUGGAACCGCUUCAUCUGCGACUGCUUGGGCACCGGCUACCUGGGCCGGCUGUGUGAGAGAGAGGCCACUGUGCUAAGCUACGACGGGAGCAUGUACAUGAAAAUCAUGCUGCCCACGGUCAUGCACACCGAGGCCGAAGACGUGUCCCUCCGGUUCAUGUCACAGCGAGCGUACGGCUUCAUGAUGGCCACCACCUCCAAGGAAUCAGCCGACACCCUUCGCCUCGAGCUGGACGGGGGGCAGAUGAAACUCACGGUCAACCUAGACUGUGUCAGGAUAGGCUGUAACCCUAGUAAAGGGCCGGAAACUCUGUUUGCUGGCCACAAACUCAAUGACAACGAGUGGCACACCGUCCGGGUGGUCCGGCGUGGGAAGAACCUGCAGCUGUCCGUGGACAAUGUCACCGUGGAAGGGCAGAUGGCGGGCGCCCACACCCGCCUGGAGUUCCACAACAUUGAGACGGGCAUCAUGACGGAGCGGCGGUUCAUCUCCAUGGUGCCCUCCAACUUCAUCGGCCACCUGAGCAGCCUGGUCUUCAACGGGAUGCCCUACAUGGACCUCUGCAAGAACGGCGACAUCAGCUACUGCGAGCUCAACGCCCGCUUCGGCCUGCGCAGCAUCAUCGCCGACCCGGUCACCUUCAAAAGCAAAGCCAGCUACCUGGCGCUGGCCACGCUGCAGGCCUACGCCUCCAUGCACCUCUUCUUCCAGUUCAAGACCACGGCCACCGACGGGCUCAUCCUCUUCAACAGCGGCAACGGCAACGACUUCAUCGUGGUGGAGCUGGUCAAAGGGUACAUCCACUAUGUUUUCGACCUGGGCAACGGGCCAUCGCUGAUGAAGGGGAAUUCAGACAAGCCAGUGAACGACAACCAGUGGCACAACGUCAUUGUGUCCCGCGACACGAACAACGUCCACACGCUGAAGAUCGACUCGCGUACCGUCACACAGCACUCCAAUGGGGCCCGCAACCUGGACCUCAAAGGGGAGCUGUACAUCGGAGGCUUGAGCAAGAACAUGUUCAACAACCUGCCCAAACUGGUCGCUUCUCGGGACGGUUUCCAGGGCUGCCUGGCCUCCAUGGACCUCAACGGCCGACUCCCAGACCUCAUCGCCGACGCCCUGCACCGGAUCGGGCACGUCGAGAGGGGCUGUGACGGCCCCAGCACCACGUGUACGGAGGACUCCUGCGCCAACCAGGGCGUCUGCCUUCAGCAAUGGGACGGCUACACCUGUGACUGUACCAUGACCUCGUACGGCGGCCCGGUGUGCAAUGACCCUGGCACGACGUACAUUUUCGGCAAAGGAGGGGCGCUGAUUACAUAUAUUUGGCCCCCGAAUGACCGUCCGAGCACGCGGGCUGACCGGCUGGCCGUGGGAUUCAGUACGCACCAGAAGAACGCGAUUCUGGUGCGGGUGGACAGUGCCUCUGGACUCGGCGACUACUUACAGCUGCACAUAGACCAGGGGACUGUGGGCGUCAUUUUCAACGUGGGCACGGACGACAUCACGAUCGAGGAGAGCAAUGCCAUGGUGAACGAUGGCAAGUACCACGUGGUGCGUUUCACCCGGAGCGGCGGCAACGCAACGCUGCAGGUGGACAACUGGCCCAUCAACGAACGAUACCCGGCAGGGAACACUGAUAAUGAGCGGCUGGCGAUUGCUAGACAAAGAAUACCGUAUCGGCUCGGUCGAGUAGUAGAUGAAUGGCUACUCGACAAAGGUCGUCAGCUGACUAUCUUCAACAGCCAGGCCGCCAUCAAGAUCGGAGGCCGCGACCAAGGCCGCCCCUUCCAGGGCCAGGUCUCGGGGCUGUACUACAAUGGGCUCAAGGUCCUCUCCUUGGCCGCUGAGAGCGACGCCAACGUGAAGGUGGAGGGCAACCUGCGGCUGGUGGGUGAGGUGCCCUCCGUCAUGACCACCGAGACCACGGCCACCACCCUGCUGGCGGACAUGUCCACGACCAUCAUGGAGACCACCACCACCAUGGCCACGACCACCACGCGGCGGGGCCGUUCCCCCACCAUGCGGGACAGCAUCACGCAG